AGCCCAAAGAGCUUGGAAUCACCCCCGCCGGAGUUCACCGGACUUUUCACCAAAAGAGCUUGGAUCUUUGGCUCGAGGCUUGGAAAAUGGGUUCCGUCGUUCUUCCGCAUCUGAGGACCGGAUGGCAUGUCGACCAGGCGAUCUUGAGCGAGGAGGACCGGCUCGUCGUCAUUCGGUUCGGACGCGAUCACGACUCAGAUUGCAUGCGCCAGGAUGAGGUUCUUUACAAGAUCGCGGAUAAGGUCAAGAAUUUCGCGGUAAUCUACCUCUGCGAUCUCGACGAAGUACCCGACUUCAAGGCCAUGUACGAGCUCUACGAUGCGUGCACGGUCAUGUUCUUCUUCAGGAACAAACAUAUGAUGUGCGAUUUCGGCACCGGUAACAACAACAAGCUAAACUGGGUCCUUGAGGAUAAGCAGGAGCUCAUUGACAUCAUCGAGACCAUCUAUCGGGGUGCGAAGAAGGGACGCGGCUUGGUGGUCAGCCCGAAGGACUAUUCGACGAGGUAUCGAUAUUGAGCGGCCUGUCCAUGCGUGCCAAUGUCUGCUGGUAUCUGCAUGUCUACUGCUUAUAUGUUCGGUCAUGGAUGAGUUCGAAGACGGCGU